AUGGAUUUUCAACAUGCUCUGGUUUUGCUUGCUCUCUUCUUUCCAUGCCAAGUUUGUUACCAGGUUGUGCCCCGAGCUCAUGCAGAAGAGCGCCUCCUGAAGGAUCUGUUUGUGAAUUACAACAAGCUGUCUCGCCCUGUGCAGAACACCACAGACACAGUCCUGGUGCACUUCGGCCUCUCCAUCGCUCAGCUCAUCGAUGUGGACGAGAAGAACCAAAUGAUGACUACAAACGUCUGGGUCAAGCAGGAAUGGAACGACUACAAGCUGCGGUGGAACCCAGAGGAAUAUGAGAAUGUCACCUCCAUACGCGUCCCCUCGGAGAUCAUCUGGAGGCCCGACAUCGUCCUCUAUAACAAGUAA